AACGCACUCUCGAAAAAGCAGUCCACCAACCUAUUAAUCGAAUUUCUUGUCAUUUUGUAAUAAUUAUGACGUCUUAAUAAGAGAAAGAUGUGAUUUUUUUUUUUUGUAAUUAUAGUUUUGUAUGUGUGUGACAUUAAGAGAAGGAUUUAACAUCAGUAUUGAACAAGACCAGAAUCACAAUAGAUACCUGUUUUGGUGCAUUGAAAUGAAGGUAGUUGCACUUGGGUUCUUAGGAGUAUUUCUGUGUUUCAUACAAAAUAUAAAUUGCAUCGACGAAGAAAUCAGAACAGCAACCACAAUACCACAAACACUUGGGCUUCAUUUGAAAAAGAGUACAAAAGAUCAUUUUAUCGUUACGAAAAAUCCAAAUAGUACAAUAAAAAUAACUGUUAACCAAGUAUUCAUUGGGAAUGGAUUUUUAGGAGCUGUUCCACACUGCCAAACAACCUUCAUAUUAAUAAACGAUUCUAUCAAUCUUAAAAGUAAUGAUGGGUUGAAAGUAUGUGGACAAAAGGUACAAGAAAAAUGGAAAGGAUGGAAAUCUAAAACAAAUAAUGUGUCUGUCAUUUAUCAUCAGCUGCUAAACAAUCCAUUCGACUACUCAAUAAAUAUUGAGUAUAUAGAAAUUCCCCAUUCAUGUCGGAGUAGCCAAUUAUUAUGUGAUCAUGGUCAUUGUCAUGAGACUGACGACACUGGUGGCUAUGAGUGUGUUUGUCAGCCAGGAUAUACAGGGAAGAACUGUAGUGAGACAGAAACAAUAACCAGAACCGUUGAGGCAAAAGAUGAAAUAACGCUUCUUUCCAUGAACACUAGCAUUCCAAUCACCAGACAUAUAUGGGUUAUAACAGCAGAACCAAACAAUGUCAUUGUUAUAAAUAUGUCAAUGCAAGACAAGACGUAUCGACACAGUUUGUUGACACAUAACACUUAUAACAUUACGAUAUAUGAUUCAUCGAGUACACAUUAUGUGAGAAAUAUUACCUUACAAGACCUAAAGACUGUAGAGGAAUGGCCAUGGAUUUCCAGAAGUAAUAAUGUAACCAUUGUGUAUGAACAUCCUAUUAAAGACAACAGUCUCAUUGUGACAUACGCAAAGGAACCAAAAGUUCAAUAUCACCAAAUUACAGCAACUAAUGAAAUUCGGGCACUGUCCUUUGCAAAAUCAAUAUCUCAGUUUAAAGACAAAACCUAUGUUUGGUCAAUCGUAGGAAAACCAGAACGUAUUAUACAUAUAUCGGUUCUUGUGACUAACCCAUAUAGUAUGAGUGAUAACUUCCCAUACAUAAAGAUUUAUAACUUUGGUGAGACUCGUAUGUCACAUUCAUUAACACUAGAUGACCUAUCGGAUGGAUCUUAUCAAGCCGACUUUGCCUGUCAAAACUUAACAAUCACUUGCAAGCCUUAUCAAUGGAGCAAGAAUAUACAAUUCUUCGUCCAUGAAGAAGAAAAGAUACAAUAUCAACAACUAUCUGCAUCAAGCAAAUUAACAACUUUGUCUUUGAUAAGAAACAAGUCGACGUUUGAAAAUACAACAUACGUAUGGUCUAUUUCUGCCGAAUCAGAUACGCUCAUAUAUAUCAAAAUAUCAAUGAAUGAAAUGAUGGCAGAUUAUUUUCCUAACAUUGAGAUUAAUAAUAUUGAUGAUCUAGCCUCUUCUUAUGUAUUGGCAACAGAUGAGAUAACUGAUGGGAAAUACGAACAGGAAUUUGCUAGCAAAAAUCUGACAAUAAGUUGUAAGCCCUACCAGUGGUGCAAGAAUGUAAAAAUAGAAGUCCAAAAACGAGAAAAAGGAGUCGAAGAACACAUAAAUGCAACUACAGAUAUAUCAGUGUUAUCUGUUGGAAAUAGUACAUCUGUAUACGAGAACAAGACUCAUAAUUGGACUAUAUACGCUCAUCAAGAUCACAUUAUUUAUGUAGCUGUUACUCUAUUAAACUAUGGUCAUUUGUCAGUCGAAAGCUUUCCAUACAUUGAGCUAAAAGAGGAACUGAAUUCCAAGUCACGAAAAUUAAGUCUAGAUGAUUUUGUUAAUGGAUUAUAUCUGGAUGAAUUUCUAACGCCAAAACUGACAAUUUCCUGCCGACCACAUCGAGCCUGUAAAAGUAUAGAAAUCAGGGAACAUGAGGAAUAUCACCUUUGUAACUAUGGAACACAUGAAAAACAUGUCAAUACAUAUAAAUGUAUAUGUGAAGACGGAUGGAAAGGCGAACGUUGUGACAAAAUAGACCAGGAACACUGUGAAAGAGAAAUUAAACAAGUUUCAUUUUCCAAGGAUUCUUUUUUGUGGCCAGAUACACGAGUGUCAUCCUAUGCAACAGUUUCCUGCCCGCAUGAAUACACAGGAAAUGCUACAAGAUUUUGCAGAAGCUCUAAUAUAACAACAUACGGUGGUCAAUGGGAAAAACCAGAUUUCAUAAAUUGUGUCAGUCGUGAAAUCAAAUUGAUAGCUGAUAAGACAAAGGAUAUUUAUAACCAAGAAAUGAUUGACCACAACACUUUAACAAACUUAACACAAAGGCUUACAGCAGCCACGUCAUCUUCAUCGAAACUUUAUCCAGGUGAUCUUUCCACUGUAACAACCACAGUCAAAGACCUAGCUGACAUGGUCAGAAAUACUAGUGCAUCAUCAUCAAUUCUCUCAUCUAUAGCGCAGGGAUAUGGAGAUGCUGUGGGCAACAUUGUAGAUCCUUCAUUGUUGCCUGUAUGGACAUAUACCUCACCGAACUUUGUUCAGACAAAUAUGCUGUCAAUUCUGUCAAGUGUUGAACUGUUAUCUGCAAACCUGGCUGAGAAAAAGUCAAAAUAUAUGAACAGACACCGACGGGAGAUAAGUAAAUAUACAGCAAAGGAAACAAUGAAUGUUAAAUCGAAAAAUCUAGAAUUUCAUAUUUCGUUUCACGAACGCUUAGCAAUCUGCGAGGAUUAUACUAUAAUUCCUUUAGGAAACAAUGAAUCUAAUGCAGUCACUUUAACAUCAUCAGUAUUUGAAGCAGCUGUGAAAAACUCACCAGAUCACUACAUACAAGUAUUUACAGCGAAGUAUUCUUCAAUUGCUGGGGUCUUAGAUGCAAAAGAUUUGAAAUCACUUGAUGAUACUAAAGGAAAUAGCCCAUAUAUCAUAUCUGAUAUCAUAUCCAGUAGUGUACUAAAUGUAAACCCAGAUGUGUUCCAACAUUUGGCAAAACCUGUAACUAUUAUGGUGGAAAUAAAGAAAAAUUCAACAAUAGUUGAUUUAAAGGAAAAAUGUGUAUUUUUGAACAUGUCCUCAAGUGGUGGAAAUAUUUGGACAAGUGACGGAUGUAAACUGGACACAGCGUUAUCCAACGAAACGCAUAUUGCUUGUAAAUGCACACACUUGACUAACUUUGCUGUUCUAAUGGAUGUUUUUGAAAUACAGGAUCAGAUUGACUAUACAGAUUAUACCAUACUGACUUAUAUAUCAUAUAUUGGAGGUGUAAUGUCUGUUUUAGCCUGUGUCAUUACAGUUAUUGUAUUCCAGUUUUUCAGUUUGCACAAAGAGAGAGUACGGGUACAUAAACAGCUUGCAAUAUCAAUCAUUCUGGUUCAGGUUUUCUUCUUGGUUGGGAUCGAUCGAACGGAAAACAAGUAUGUCUGUACAGCUAUGGCUGCAUUGUUGCAUUAUUCCUUAAAUUCAAUGUUUUGUUGGAUGUUAAUAGAAGGAUUUCAUUUGUAUGUGAUGCUUGUUAAAGUCUUCCGUAGGAGAGCUAACUUCAAGAAAUAUAUGUUGUUUGGAUGGGGGCUCCCUCUUCUAGUAGUAGGAAUAUCUGUCGGCACAUUACACGACGAAUACGGAGGAACAAAUAGGUGUUGGGUAUCCCAUAACGUACUAUUAUGGACAUUUGUACCUGUAGUAGGAAUAGUAAUAUUGGUAAAUUCCAUCAUCUUGAUAAUAGUUCUCCGUAUCAUGAUGAAAUCAAUGUUGAGCAGAGCCAACUCUGAGGAGAGAUCAGCUGUUAAGGCAGGACUAAAGGCAGCUGCCAUACUUUUACCAUUGCUUGGAGUCACCUGGACGUUGGGAUUUUUAAGUGUGAAUGAUAGAGAGACAGUGGUUUUUACCUAUCUUUUCACAACGUUCAAUUCUUUGCAGGGUGUAUUCUUUUUCAUUUUCCACUGUUUGUUAAACACAGAUGUGAAAAAUGCAUUUGAGCGAAGAUCCCAAAGAAGAAGUAUGACCAAAAUAUUAAACGAGUCACUUAGCCAGGAAAGUAAAAGGAAAUCCUCAACACUAAAAACUAUUGUAACGAGUAAAUCAUCGAUUAAUAGUAUUUUGACCGAAGAAUCAUACUUAGACAGAAAGAAAUACCAGAAGAUGAACAACAAUGAAAACGAACGAAUCCACAGAGAUAAUAAUAUUACAACGCUGUUUGAUAAGAACUAUCAUUUCUGUUUACAAAGAUCAAUCAGUGACGGCGUACCACGGUGGCAAAAUGUCAACAAAGAUUUCACAUUUUAUACAGGCAAGGAGAAUAUAAAUAUGUUAAACGGUACAUUAUCCAAAGAAAACAACUCCGGUAUUGGACAUCAUCAUGCGUUAAAGCAGGAUAAACAAUUUUCAACUGAUUUUCGUAUAGAGGAUUUAUACAGCAAACCACUUCGAAAACGAACGGUAUCAGAAGAAAAUAAGGAGAACAGUCGUGUACGAUUUGACGAUGGUGACGAUAGUAACAACCAAAAUAAGGAAAAGACAGACAAUUUAAAAGACGCGUUAGUCAAUGAAUUAAAAGAAAGACUACAGUAG